AUGGCGGCGACCUCGACCAUUAACCCGACGCCGCAGUCGGUGACGAAUCUCGUCUCGAAGUUGAGCGAUCCCGAUCCAGACUUCCGGUUCAUGUCGUUGAACGACCUGCUACACGUUUUAUCUGUAGCUAAACCCGAUUUUCUUCAACAUGACUACAACACCGCAGCUCGAGCCGUGGAUAGUAUCAUAAAGACACUCGAUGAUCAAAACGGUGAAGUGCAGAAUAUGGCUAUAAAAUGUAUCGGCCCUCUGGUGGGCAAAGUCCCGAUGGCCAUAAUGGCGCCUAUGAUCGAUAAGCUCUCGUCUAUGGUGCUGAAGAACUCUGUCGACAAUGCCGUCACCUCACUUGCUAUUCGCUCGGUCAUAAUAGCUCUUCCUCGACCGGUCCCGGGUCUCCCUACGACUGCUAAUGUUCAGCAAUCUUAUGACGCAAUUCGUCGCGUCCUUAUUCCUCGGUUGAUUGGACCAAGCGCUGCGACUCCAAUUCGGCAAAGCAGCAGCGUCUCUUUGCCGCCCGUUCCCACUGGCAUGCUGCAAGGGGACGAUGUGAAUGCCGAAUCGGUUGAUGUCCUGAUCGAAGUUGUGCGGUGCUUCGGGCCGCUGCUGCAAUCCGUCGAGGUCGAAGCUAUGCAGCACGUGGUGAUGCAGCUUCUGGAGAGUAACAGACAUACAUCUGUUGUGAAGAAGAGGGCUGUUGUUGCUAUUUCUAUGCUAGCCGUUUAUCUUGCGGAUGAGCAUUUACGCGACGUCCUCCAAAGGCUGACGUCGAGGCUUUCAGACCCAAGCACGGGUGAUGUCUCGCGCCGUCUGUACAUUUCCAUUAUGGGAAGCAUGGCUAGGUCAAUUCCCAUCCGCUUCGGGCCACAUAUCGGCCAAGCUGCACCAAUCAUGCUCAAGGCGCUCUCUGAAGAGGAACUCCAAGAGCACCUCGAAAAGAUGAGCGACGGAGAGGACCUUGGCCUGGACUUCAAUGAAGUUCGGGAAGCGGCACUGGUAUCAAUUGAAGCAUUCCUUGCGUCCUGCCCACAAGAAAUGCGACCAUUCACCGAUGAUAUCAUCGUGUCUACUCUCCGAUACCUCAAGUACGAUCCAAACUGUGCUGUUGACGAUGAUUCUGAUGAUGUCGAUAUGGAUGAUGAGGAGGAUCAAGAGGACGAUGACGAUGAGUUUGAUGCCGACGACGGAUUUGAAGAUGACGACGACGAUGCAAGUUGGAAGGUCCGUCGAUGUGCUGCUAAAGCCCUCUAUACUCUUAUUGCGACUCGCGGUAGUGGAGACCUUCUAGACAAUGGCGUGCUGUACAGUCAGGCUGCACCUUCUCUCAUCAAACGGAUCGAUGAGCGAGAGGAGAAUGUGCGGCUGGAGAUUAUUUCAGCCUUGGCACUGCUUGUUCGCAAGACUGGCGAGGGAUUACAUGUGGCCAACUUUUCCCUGGACGAUGUAGAUUCUCCCGUGGCAGCACCGGUGCCCGUGAAUCGGAAGCGGCGCAGACAGAGCAGUGCCGGGACGGCAACUACAGUUUCGCAGUUCAUGGCCGGGUCUGGCCUCACCUCACCUGUUCUCGAGAAAGUUCCUGCGACUGGACCCCGGGCAGACCUGGCCCAGCUCACACCUGGUGUAGUCAAGGCAUCUAUUGCGCAACUCAAAGGAAAAACUGUACCUACGAAGCAAUCUAUCAUCAAUCUUCUCGACGAUAUUGUAUUGGUUCAACGAGGCGGCCUUGCUCUGUUCUUCCCGGACUUGAUUGAGCCAGUGUUGGACGCCGCAAAGUCCACGGGGCAUGGAACAACGGCAUCGUCAUUGGCUUCUGCUGGUGGUGCGGCAUCUGCAACGCUAAGCACUCUUCGUGUAGCCACUUUAAAGUUGAUCAGCGACAUCUCCAAAACGCACUCAUCGUCAGUCCUGCAGCCAUAUCUUACCAAGAUUGUUGCUGGAGUCACCUCCGCAGUGCAUGACCGUUUCUACAAAAUUUCGAGCGAAGCUAUCAGAACUGCGGAAGAGCUUGUUAAGGCCAUUACUCCUCCUCGUUCCCGCAACUCUGGAUCGAAGUUCAAAUCCGAACUUGAAUCUCUCUACGAAGCCAUCAUGGACAGGUGUCUUGCGAACGAUGCUGACGCUGAGGUUCGUCAACGAGCGAUUCAUGCGAUAGGUGUGCUGGUGUCGCGAACGUUUGGAGAUUCCAACCUUUUCUCUGCCGAGAAGCGGAUCAAGGCCCUCAACAUCUUGCGUGAGAGAUUGAAGAAUGAAACCACUCGUCUCGCCGCGGUACGAGCAGUGGAUAAUGUCGCCGCGUUUGCCUCCAAUCCAGGCGAACUAGAGAAGGACUGGAUCCAGGAUGUUGCGCUUGAGCUCUCAGCCCAACUCCGAAAAGCCAAUCGAUCGUUGCGGGGCUCAAGUGUAAAUUCCCUGAAGCACCUGAUUUUAUCAAAUGCUGCCAAGGGCCAGCUGGAGAAGAGGACUGUUGAGGGCAUAGUGUCUGCAUUGAUGCCCGCUGUUACCACCAGCGAUACCCACCUCCUUGGUCCGGCGUUGCUUAUUCUCGCCAGCUUAACGCCAUCACAUGCUGAUGUCGUCGUAUCCGACGAAAUGGUUGCCGCGCUCUGCCAGCUUUUGAAGUCCCACUUCGCCGGUAUCGUCCUGGACCAGAUCCUGGAGUUGGUGGCUAAGAUUGGUGAAAGUGGUGCCAGCCAGGCACUGAUGCAAGGGUUGCUGAAGGACGUCAGUAUCUCCGGAGACCCUUCUGUAGUAGGUAAAGUUAUUGGAACUUUGCUUGUUACUGGCGACACUUCGGCUGGUGUUUCUGUUGAGAGCUUCAUCACGGAGCUGGAUCAGAGUUCAAAGACUGGUGAUGAUGCCCGCGUCAGUCUCGCCCUUGCUGUGCUUGGAGAAACAGGCAUGCGGCUUGGAUCAGCAUCGCCGCUCAAACCCGAUUUGUUCUUACGUCAGUUUCACUCCGAACCUGAUAAAGUAUCACUGGCUGGUGCUAUUGCACUUGGACGAGCUGGAUCAGGCGACCCGUCUCAGUUCCUGCCUGUCAUUUUAGAAAAGAUGCAAGAGGGCGGUAACACGCAGUACCUGCUCAUUCAGUCUAUCAAGGAAAUCCUCCAGUCUGUCGCGGUCCAAUCAGCCGACUUGCAAGCGUAUGCCAUUCCAAUUUGGGAUCAGCUACUCCAAGCCUCUGAAAACGCUGACAAUCGGGUUGUCUGCGCUGAAUGUGUGGGGAGACUCGUAACACUCGACCCCAGUAGUUUUAUGCCGAAACUUCAGACACUACUUACGGCAAAAUCAUCCGGUAUCAGAGGUAUGGCCGUUCAAGCGGUGCGGUAUACUCUCCCCGAGAGCGAGGAAGCAUUCGAUGCCGUGCUCAAGAAUACCCUUAUCAAUAUGCUACUAGUGAUGCUGCAGGAUACGGACACGGAAAUUCGCAGGCUCGCCAUGACAACCCUUAAUUCCGCAGCGCACAAUAAGCCUGAUCUUAUCUUGCCACAUCUCGGCGAGCUCAUGCCAUUCGUUCUCAGCGAAUCCAUUAUUAAACCCGAACUGGUCAAGGAGGUCAUGUUGGGCCCAUUCAAACACACUGUGGAUGACGGUUUGGAAGUGCGAAAGAGCGCCUACGAGACAUUGUAUGCCCUCAUGGAAACUGCGUUUACUCGCAUCAAUAACAUCGACUUUUACGAUCGUGUUGUGGCCGGACUCAAGGACGACAAUGAUAUCCGGCAGCUCUGCAACCUCAUGGUCUCGAAGCUCAUUGUCAUUGAUCCGGAUGAAACAGCUCGGAGGCUCGACUCGAUUGCGGAAGCUUAUCGUGGAGUUUUAUCUGUCAAGCUCAAAGACAAUGCUGUCAAACAAGACGUUGAGAAGCAAGAGGAGGCCAACAAGAGUGUUCUUAGGGUCACAUUACUUCUGGGAGACAAGAUGAAAGCAAUGACGGGCAACGCUGGCGCUGUCACCAGUAAUGCUGGAGCUGCUGGCGCUUGGACCUUAUACUGGGAAUGGGUCAACAAAGAGUUUGAGAACCAGUUGAAGGGCUUGAGGGAGGAAACCAGGGAGCUGCAGACCAGAAUGAUAUGA